AACGACCGUGGUUUGAAAAUCCCUGGAAGGAUCCGGCGAGUUACCAACUUAAUUAGCCAGCCCAUUACUUUCAUACUCUCUUUUUCUCUCUCUCAAACUUUGAAGCCGGAAGAGCAGACACCUCGUCGAAUAUCAUCAGACUGCUAAAGAAGAGAUUGACUUUGCAUUGGUGGUGAUGGUGGAAGUGUGGUGGUCCCUGUUAGCAGCUAUCCCUGCAGUGGUUGCAGGACAAGCAUUUCGAGUGAAGAAAAGGCGUGCUGAAGAACAGAGAUUAAUGAGUGCUAGGGGGAGGGAGAAGAGUUCUGAUGAGAUCUUUGUCUGUGAAAGGGUAUGUACAUCAAAGAGAAUGCUGAAAAAGGUAGGUGCAUUUUCAAAGGAUCCAAUUCCUGAUAGCUGUGUUACCGUGUGCGGUGUAUCUGAGCUGGAUGCUUGUGCUGAUGCAUGUGCACGCACUGUUUGCGUAAACCAACAUCAAGUACCUAACUGGAAUGACAUCUGCCUUCGAAGAUGCCAGAGUGAAUGUCUUAAACUCUCUUCUUCCAGUUCUUCUUAGUAGCUUCAAUAUAAAAGGGAAAUGUGUAUUACAAGUUGAAUUAUCAUAGUGUCGGUUACUACCAUUUUCUGAGGUUUUAAGCUCACUGAAUGUGACUGACAUUUGACUUGGUAUCAGUUUUAAGCUCACAACCGUUGGAUUAAAUUUUUUGCUUUAUUGCUCAA